AUGGAGGAGGGGGCUGCGAGGAAGAGGAAGAUGCCUUGGGCCCCCCAGGCAGGCCCCGAGCGGAGGACGGAGAGCCCGGAGGACAAAUCCCCCCAGCAGAAGCUGGUGGGAGAGGCCGUUUUGAAGGGCUCCAUGGCGCAGGAAGGCAGCGGGGAGGAAAAGGCCCAGAGAUCCCCCUGGAGGAGGGGCUCCAAAGCCAGCCCAGGGUGCUCUGAGGAGGAAAGAGCCAGCCUGUGCCGGGAAGGCGGCCGGAGCUUGAGGCAGAGCUCUGACCUGGUGGUCCCUGAGCAGCUUCCCAGCCGGGAGAAGCCCUUCAGGUGCUUGGAAUGUGGGAAGAGCUUCAAGAAGAGCUCCCACCUGCUCCGACACCAGCACAUCCACACUGGGGAACACCCCUACCCAUGUGGACAAUGUGGGAAGAGCUUCAGUGACAGCUCCAGCCUGAUCCGACACCAGCACAUCCACACUGGAGAACGGCCCUACACAUGUGGGGAAUGUGGGAAGAGCUUCACUGACAGCUCCAGCCUCCACACCCACCAACGCAUCCACACUGGGGAACGGCUCUACACGUGUGGGGAAUGUGGGAUGAGCUUCAGUGAACGGUCCAGCCUCCGCAACCACCAGCUCAGCCACACUGGAGAACGGCCCUACAAAUGCUUCGAAUGCGGGAAGAGGUUUCAGCGCAGCUCAACUCUCAUCAGACAUGAGCAGACACACACGGAUGAGCGGCCCUUCCGCUGCACCGGCUGCGGGAAGGGCUUCAGCCGGAACUUCACCCUUAUCAUCCACCAGCGCAUCCACACUGGGGAGAGGCCCUACAAGUGUGGGGAGUGUGGGAAGAGCUUCGCCCAGAGGGCUAAUUUGACCUCACACCAACGGACCCACCGGUAA